GCCGAACUGGCUAUGUGCGGCGCGACGGCACGGCCCAGGACACACACCAGCCGCCGUGUCAGCACUGAGCACUGAGCUGUGCCCUCAGUCAUGACUACCCGGCUCGAGCGCCUCUUUGUCCUCCUCGAGAACGGAUCGUCGUCACUGACGCGCAAGGCCGCUGCGCAGCAGCUGGGCGAUGUGCUGAAACUGCACCCCCAUGAGCUCUACAGCCUGCUGGACAGGGUGCACGAGUACUUGCAAAGCAGCUCAUGGGAGUGCCGCAUUGCCGCCGGACAGGCGGUGGAGGCCAUCGUCAGCAACCUGCCCCAGUGGCGCCCGACGCCCGCCAGCCAACUGACAGAUGAGGUGUGCGUACCGUCGUCGUCGCCUUCACCGCCGUACCUGCAGCUGACCCUGGAGAGCUUCAACCUGGACCAGGUGCUGGCUGAGAACCCGAUCUUGACCUCACUGGAGACGGCCGACGCCACCGACGACCAAGGUAUUCAAGACGACGUAACUGGCCCUGCAGACGUGUCCACCCAGCGACGCCUAGUAAACCAGCGCCUGGGUCUAGACGUGGCCGAAAGCCUAGGCGUGGACACGUCCGGUAUCUUCUCGGACGCCGACCUGAUGUGCAGCACUGCUUCCCAGUCGGCCGACAGCGGGCCGGCGCACCAGUCCGAGGAGCAGACCUCAUCUCGCAAAGUCAACCAGCACCGGCGCCGACUGCGCGAGGGAGCCGACCGUCAGCGACCCCCCGGUACUGGCCAAUGGGCACACAGCAGUGGUCCGCUCUGCAGCUGCUCGGAGAACCGACCGGCCUUUCCGCCGCCAGCGUCUGUCUGUCUGUCGGUCGGUCUGCCGGUCUGUCUGUCGGUCUCUGGAAUGUCUCUCUGUCUGUCUCUGUGUCUGUCUAUUUCUCUGUGUCUGUCUUCCUCUCUGUGUGUCUCUGUCCCAGUCUCUGUGUCUAUCUCUGGCU